UUGCGCAUUUUGUGCAGCAUAAAAUACGCUGCAUAUACUCAAUGUGUGACCCUACCCUUAAUGUUUUAUAAAAACACUUGUUUUUUUAAAGUCACUAGGUUACCACAUUUACCAACUUCCAUGGCUGUGGAUUCUACCAGUGGACAGCUGGAGAGAGCCAAAUUUACAAGCACGGGUGAGAUUCGGGUCAGGAGUACGGAACGGACCCCUCACAAGAAGACAUGGAGGGACUGGUGCCUCAUCAAAUCCAACUGGCCCCCCUAUGGUGGACCAUAUGGUGGACCACGGACCGGGACUCUGGCGCACACAGAGAUGUGCUGAAUAUACUUUUGCAUAUGCUUGAAUGUUUUACAACUCCAUGUGGGUGGUCAUGAAUUCCUCCUCCUGACCGGAAGUGACCUCUGCUCUGCUGUUAACCAGCACCCUCUCGGGAUCAGAAAGAUUAUUUAUGAACUUUACCUGUGCCUUAUAAAACUCUUGAAGACGCUCAGCAUCCACUCCACCACCUCAUACCCUAAACUGUUUACGCUCAAGGACCCAAUAAUCAGCACCAGCCGGCACCAUGGGUGAGGGAAGCCUAAGGAAGAGAAAAGAGGAAAAAAAUGAGGAUAACCAGUCUAUCCAGAGUAAGGAGUCCUCAGUAAUGCAACUCAAGAAGCAGGUGGGACUGCUAAGCGGGAUAAGCCUCAUCGUCGGAACAAUUAUUGGGUCUGGGAUCUUUAUUUCCCCAAAAUCUGUUCUCAGAAAUACAGGAGCUGUGGGACCAUGUCUUAUCAUCUGGACAGCGUGUGGAGCGAUUGGAAUGAUGGGUGCCCUAUGCUUUGCCGAACUUGGCACAAUGAUAACAAAGUCUGGAGGUGAAUACCCAUACCUCAUGGAGGCCUUUGGACCAAUCCCAGCUUUUCUCUUCUCCUGGUCCAGUGUCAUUGUGAUGAAACCUUCAUCAUUUGCUAUCAUAUGUCUGAGCUUUGCAGAGUAUGUUUCAGCGCCAUUUUAUCCUGACUGUGAACCCCCGCAAGUGGUCAUCAAAUGCCUAGCUGCUGGCGCCAUCAUGAUGAUCACAGUGGUGAACUCUCUGAGUGUGAAGCUGGCAAGUUAUUUACAGAACUUUCUCACUGUAGCCAAAAUGAUCAUUAUCGUCAUCAUCAUUGUCAGCGGCAUUGUCCUGUUGAUACAAGGAAAUACUCAGAACUUCUCUAACAGUUUUGAAGGCUCCAAAAUCACAGCCGGAGGGAUUGGCCUGGCUCUCUACAAUGGUCUGUGGGCCUAUGAUGGAUGGAAUCAGCUCAAUUAUAUUACGGAGGAGCUUAAAAAUCCAUACAGAAAUCUUCCUCUAUCCAUCAUACUUGGGAUGCCAUUGGUCAUGGUGUGUUACCUGUUAAUCAACAUUGCCUAUUACACUGUAAUGACCCCCACCGAGCUCCUUCAGUCUCCGGCUGUUGCCGUGACGUUUGGAGAUCGUGUUUUGUAUCCAGCAUCUUGGAUGGUUCCCUUGUUUGUGGCAUUUUCAACCCUUGGAUCUGCAAAUGGAAGCUGCUUCACCGCUGGCAGGCUUACAUAUGUAGCUGGUCGUGAAGGACACAUGUUAAAAUUCCUGUCAUACAUCAGCGUCAAGAGACUGACCCCGCUGCCGGCCAUCGUGUCUUAUGGCAUUAUUGGAAUGUUUUACAUUAUCCCGGCUGAUAUUAACACCCUCAUUAACUACUUCAGCUUCGCUGUCUGGUUAUUUUAUGGAAUAACUAUUGCUGGCCUCAUAGUCAUGAGAUUCACAAAAAAAGACAUGAAGAGGCCGAUUAAGGUCCCAAUUGUCAUUCCCAUCUUGAUGGUUCUGAUCUCUGCAUACCUGGUACUGGCACCAAUCAUUGGUGAGCCCGAGUGGGCCUAUCUCUACUGUGUGAUCUUCAUUCUGAGUGGCCUUAUCAUUUAUUUUCCUUUUGUUCAUUUCAAAGUCAAAUGGAUGCAAAAGAUAACAAAGCCAAUCACCAUGUACAUACAGAUGGUAAUGGAAGUGGUUCCUCCUGAAGAGUCCAAGAGCGAAGACUGAUAGGCCGAAAGAAAAUACCGUGCAGCUAUUUAUCAACUCUAUCAUUGUACAUAUUGUAAAUGUCACAUGACUCAGGAAAGCAGCCGCACCAAUUGUAUUGUCCCACAGACAGGACAGUUAAGGGUUUUCUAUGGAGAGCUUACAAUCUCACCACUAAUGCUGGGUCUGUACAUUAGUCUAAUCUUUCAGGGCUGUCUCCUUAGUUUGUAAAUUUUUGUUUACUGCUUGUAAAUGUAUCUCUUCUACUUCUGUGUUCAUUGACAUAAUAUAAGGAGGAUUAAGAACAAUACAUAUUUACAAUAACAGCAUCUUCACUAGUAAAACCUUCGUGCAUUGAAAAAAAAAAUUUGCUGAAAGGUUACGCUCCUGUCUUUUUGCUGAUAGUUCAGUUAUUUUUCUUGGUGAGCUUCUGUACAUGUCCUUUUAGUUUUCCAUCCACAUCUAGCAGCUUUAUUUUCUUUCUUUGAUUGGAUUUGAGAGUUUCAUUGGCUGUGUGCUUGGGAUCAUUGUCUUAGUAAAAUGACCACUGUUAGGAUCUAUUUCUCCCUGUGAUCAGUCAACUCCAGCUGUGUUGAUUAGCAGACAGAUUUAGGCUAGGUUUCCACUUGUUUUUUUUUUUUUUUGCAAAAACGCCUGUUCUGCCGCAUGGUGUUUAUAUUGUGAAAAAACGCUGCGGGCAGAUGUUAGCUGCAAGUCAAUAGUUAACUGCAAAAUGCCAAAGCCACUUGGAGUUUUUCAGUUUGGCGUUUUUGGGCUCCUUGGCAGUUUUAAAAAAAACGACCUCUUGUUGAGACUGGUGUUUUUCCUGAAAAUCUUGGCAUUUUCCUCCCAUAGAAGUCUAUGGAGUGAAAAAACACCAAGAAAAAUGCCAUGUGGGUUUUAACUUUGGCGUUUUUACAGGCGGUUUUUAUUCUUUUUUGUACUUUAGCGAUCCAAAAAAGUGAUGAAGAUACCUUUUUUUAUUAACAUUUUGAAGGGUAUCCAUUAAAAAAAUAAUAAAAAAGAUACAGUAGUGAUGGAAAAAUUUUAUUUAACGAAAUGUAUCUUUUUUAUAACAAAAUUUUAAAACAUUUUUAAACAGGAAUCAAUUUAUGUGAGCAAAAAAUAUAGCCAACAAUUAUAAAAAUGUAGUGUGUGUGUGUGUGUGUUUUUCACUUUAUUUUUUAGGUGGUACUAGCAUGGAACACACACUGUUUCUUGAUGGGAGUAGUAGUACCUGUACUAAUUAAAAGAUCACCGGGGUCCCUUGUAUAGAUGCGGCCGGACGCUCUCCUAUGGUCUCCUGCACUGCUGUAUAUAUAC